CAUGAAGUCAUAAUGGGUCGGCGAUUGCUAUACGAGAGGUAGAUACUUCAAGAUCGCGCUGGGAUUGUUCUAUCAAUUGCGCGUGAGCCGCGGCGAUCUAGAGCGUCAUACUACGAGAUAGAAGCGCUCGACGUCCUGUGUUCAUCCCUCGCAGCGGAGACGGAUGUCAAUGGAGGUACGGGACAUCCUGAGGAGUAUCGAGCCUCUUCAGGGACAUGUAUUGCCGAUCAAGACCGUCCAGGAGACACAGACGACUGAAGAGUUUGAGGAUGCAUAUGUAGCAGAAGUCAACGUGAAGUUGGCCUCGAAAGUGGUCAAAGCACUUGAUGCUGCUUUCCCUCGCGACCCUACUAUCCCUGUGAACCAUCUCCGACGGUUCGCCAAACAUUCCCAAUUGCCAGAAUCCCUGCGCUCAGCCGUCCAGCACAAUGAAUCCGCACCGCAGACAAUCUUUGUCCUGGUCUCACCUCCUCUCCCAGAAGUUGAUGCUCUCCAAAAAGUACUUGCUCCAUUUGCUCCCACCUCCUCGACCUCUUCCGAAAAUAAGCCUGAAGCCGCCCCUGCGAUUUCCCUGCACACAAUCAGGAUCCCUACUCAACCGCCCUUGAAUGCUAAACAAGCCGAAAAAUGGACAUCGACAUACUGGCCCGUUUCCAUCCAACCAGAAGCCGGAUAUUACUUGGCGCUGGCCGAGAAAGUCGCAGAGGAAGCAGAGAAAUCCGGCCGAGGCCGCAGAAUCGGAGCGGUAGUGGUUGAUCCCGAAAUUCUCGCCUCCAUCGACACUACUGACGACGAGGAUGGCACGAGAUGGACAGAGGCCGUCGUUGCCGUCGCAGGAGACGCGCGAUAUUCUCGUCGGGAAGCCGGUGCGCUCUCUACGUCAGAGCUGAAUAUUGAACCGGGUUCAUCUGCAGCAGCACAGACAUACAACUCCGACCUGGAAGGCGGGCCUGAACUGCACGCGCUGAUGCGCGCCGUGGAAAUGAUCGCUCAGAAACGCCGUGAAGAAGACCGCGCAGCUUCAGAUACGGAACCGUACCCCAGUCCCUUGGAAUCGUACUUUCUCUCCCAGUCUGACGUGUCGCCCUCCGCGACCCGGUCAGAUUCACAAGAACCGUCACCCGUCCCGGAAAAGCUUCUAAAGACAAACUCCGCCUCACCUGUUGUUCCCACGACGUCGAACACUCCCCCGGUUGCUCCGGUUGCUGCUCCGCGUAUCCGUUCGCGUGCGCAGGGCGGCUACCUCUGCACAGACCUCGAUGUAUACCUCACCCACGAGCCGUGCUUAUGUUGCUCCAUGGGGAUGCUCCUCUCGCGCUUCCGAGCGGUGAUCUUCCCUCGAAAGGGACGGAUGGUUACGGGAGGACUAGCCUCGGAGCCUGUUGUCUCGCCAGCGUGUGAACCUGACCCUGGUCAUGGCCCUGAAACCGAGCCUGAAGAGCCUGAAUCGAAGGCGCAAAUGGGUGAGUCGGAGUCGGCCGAUCCGGCAACAAACAGAAAAUACUAUGGUCUGCACUGGCGCAAGGAGUUGAACUGGCGGGCGUUGGGCUUCGAGUUUGUCGAGGAUGAUGAUCUUGCUCGGUGUACAGAGAGUCAGACUGGAGUUGCUUUUCAUGCAUGAUACCAAACUGUGAUGCCCAGAUGUGCUAUGGAGUAUGGAUUUGUAUAAGCAUGGUGGUUAUGGCAGCAUGUCUUCCUUGACGCUUGAGAGUGAUGAAUCAAAGAAUGCAUCAUUCUGACUACUUGCCCAUCCUUAUAUUUUUGUCUGCCUGACAGCAAGGACAC